AAUAAAUAUUUAUAAAGAUGCCUCGUGAUACCUCUUUUUGUAUUUCAUCGCUCGAUCCCUCUCUUUCUUACUUAUCGAAAAGAUUUCCCAUCUCUCUCAUAUAUAUUCUUGUGCAGAGAGCCUCUCUCACCAAAACACUUUUCCAUCUAUACGAUAAUGUCGGGUUGCCGAGACGAAGAUCCUCGUAUCCAUGGCAUCAAAACUAAGAUUGGGGUCGUCCCCAAUUUCCCAAAACCAGGUAUUAUGUUUCAAGACAUCACUCCUCUAUUACUGGAUCCGAAAGCCUUCAAGGACGCAGUCGAUUUGUUCGUUGAGCGAUACAAAGACAAAAACAUUUCAGUUGUUGCAGGAAUCGAAGCUCGAGGUUUUAUAUUUGGUCCUCCCAUUGCUUUGGCUAUAGGGGCAAAGUUUGUUCCUUUGAGAAAACCAAGGAAGCUGCCCGGUGAAGUUAUUUUUGAAGAGUAUGUUUUGGAAUACGGAAGCGAUUGUCUGGAGAUGCAUCUUGGAGCAGUUGAACCUGGAGAAUGUGUUUUGGUGGUUGAUGAUUUAAUAGCCACUGGUGGCACACUCUGUGCAGCUAUGAACUUACUAGAACGUGUUGGAGCAGUAGUAGUUGAAUGCGCAUGUCUAAUAGAGUUACCGGAGUUAAAGGGCCGUGGGCGUUUGAAUGGUAAGCCGUUGUAUGUACUAGUGGAAUACCAAUGAUCAUGGCUGAUGAUACAGUUUGCCUUCUAUUGCUCACCAAUCACCAUGAUGCCAUUUACAGUAGGAUAUUAUUUGGGUAUUUCCCAUCUGGAAUCUGAUUUUCAGAUCUCCUCUCUCCCUUCCCUUCUCUUCACCCUUGCCCCCUUUUAUCGGCUCCAUUGUUAAUGGAUUUUGAUGUACCUCAUUUAUUGAUACCCUUCAUUUCACCUAUUAGUAUAGAACAUUGAAUUAUGGAAAGGGGUUGAUCUAAGAAAUGCUUGUAGUAGAGCACAUUUUUUGGUUGGAAAUGAAUUCAUACCGCCUCUCAAGGGUUUCUUUG